AUGGCUUGUCUAACCGUAACAUUAAAAUUGAUUUGCAACUCUACUAUACCGUUACAUAGGGACAAAUCGCAUUUCGUCAAUCAUAGAAAUGAUAGCACUCAUUAUCACCUCCUAGAAAGAACGAAGAAGAUGGCAUCUAAUCUUGAAAAUAGAUUACGUAGAAUAAAAGACUCUACACAAGAUUUGGGAAGAAAUUUUUUCGACCACAUUAACAUGGGAUUAAAAAAUUUUGCAGCAAAGAAUCCAAUAACCGAUGAUGAUAUAAGACAGUAUGAGCACUUGGUGAUAAUGAAAAAGAACCCGUAUUUAGAUAUUAAGGAUCUUGAAAUAAACUACAGCCCAAUGUCUCCAAAAAAUGCUAGACACAGCAUUAAAAUGGGCUUUGAUUCGAAUUUACAGAAUGAACCAGGUAUAUGUGAUUCUAUUGAAGAUGUUCUGAAUGUGGAAAUCAUAAAUCGUGGUCUCACAGGCUUCGCUAUACCACCACAACUGACGAAGCAUCUUUCAAUGGUUGAAGAAAAAUUAAAGAGUAAUAAAACAAGCGAUGAACGCAUACCUGCAACCAAUAAGCCAAUGAAUACAAAUGUAUUAACCAGUCUGGAUGAAGAUAUCACGACUUAUAUAGAGAACAAAAAUAUUUAAAACAAAUUGAUUUCAUGUAUUUAGAAUAAUAACUAUAACAAAAUGCGUUAUUUUAUUUUAAUUUGCUUCUUAUUAUUUUAAAUGGCAAAAUUUUGUU